AGUCUCUGCUGUCACAUGACCGCUGGUGUGUUGUGUUCCUGCAGCUCUGCGGUUCACGCGGGUCAGUACAACGCUCCUCUCCCGGCCGUGGUGAUCGACUGCGACGAUGAUAAAGAGAACAUCCCCAACGAGUCUGACUACGAGGACCUGCCCAGCAUGUAUAAGGAUGAAGAGCAGGAGGAGGACGACGAUGACGACGAUUCGCUCUUUACAAACUCACUGGCCCUGAAGAUCUUGAGGAAGGACUCUCUGGCAGUGAAGCUGAGUAACAGACCGUCUCCGAGAGAUCUGCAGGAUAAGAACAUCUUACCUGUAAAGACGGAUGAGGAGCGACUGCAGAGACUGAGCCAGAGACCCACGGCUGAAGAGCUGGAGCAGAGGAACAUCCUCAAACCUCGUAAUGAGGAGGAGCAGAUGGAGGAGAAGAGAGAGAUCAGACGCCGGCUCUCAUGCAAACUGAGUCAGAGGCCCACAGUGGAGGAUCUGCGUCGAGCCAGGAUCCUGAUCCGCUUCUGUGAUUACGUGGAGGUGUCGGACGCUCAGGAUUACGACAGACGUACAGACAAACCCUGGAUGAGACUCACGGCGGCCGACAAGGCAAGUGUGGAGGACGCUCAGAUGAGUGUCUGCACUGGUCUGGUGUUUUGUAAUACUGUAGGUGGAAAAUCAUUUGGUAACAAGUCACUAAAAUGAUUAAUAAUAUGAAAAUGAGUAGAACUGACUGAAUAAGGUGCGUG